AUGAAUGUAGAAGAGCUUUUGAAAAAGCAGACCAGCAAGAAAAAGGAGGCGGCGGCCAGCAAGAAAACUGAGGUCGAUGACAGCGCGGAACUGGACGAGGCAGGAAAGAAAGAAAUCCAAGAUGUGAUUGCAAACAAUAAGAUCGUUGUGUUUAGCAAGAGCUAUUGCCCCUAUUGUCGCCAGGCAAAGAUGACCUUUAACUCCAUUGAUAAUCCAAAGCUCGAGUACAAGGUAGUAGAAAUGGACGAUGGCAGUCACAAUGGAUGGCAGGCCCACAUUUCUGAAAUUGCCAAGACAAUGGCACUGGAAUGCGCCAAGAACAACAACACAAAGAGUGUCCCGCAAAUCUUUAUCAAUCAAAAAUAUAUUGGUGGGGCUGAUGAUUUGGCAGAUCUCUAUGCCAACAAGAGUCUGGCGGAGAUGCUUGGAAGAGAAAUCAAGUAG